AUGAUUGAAACAAUGAGGCCGGCCCCGCCGCGCGCUCGUGGCUCGCAGCUCCAAGCCCCGCGUACAGCGGCCAGCAAUCACGUUAAGCCAACAAGCACCAACAAAAAUCUUAUUCCAGGCCCGAGUGUAUGGCGCGUAGCGUUUCGCGCGUCGCUAAGAGCCAAUAGACAACCACAGACGGGGCCCUAUAGGGCUGAUGUUCAGCCAGGGUUGCGGGGUAAUGAGGCACCGCGACUUCGGCCUAAGGCAGAAGAAGAAAUAGGGAUGACGCGGAGGUGGCAUGAAUGUGGUGCAGGUGUGGUGCGGCGGUCAGCGGUAUGGACGCGAUCCGAGAAGCGCGAAACGGUGUACGGUAAACUGCAGUUCGUACCACGCGACGCUCGCAACUUGCAACGAAUUCAAUUAAAGCGAGCUCAGGCCGCGCCGCGCCGCGCCGCGCCUCGCUCGAGCUCAGCUCGGGCUGAUCUCUUGUCUUGCGAUAAAGUAACAAACAUCAAAAGCAUUACUCAGCCUCGCGCAUGA